AGCAAUAGACAUCACCUGGUAUAAAAUUCAGAACGCAGCUAAAUUUGCUCACUUUUUGUACGGUGCUGCCAUAUUUGUCAAAGAAGAAGUGGUAAAAUGCGCAAUUUGUAGAAAAUGGCGUUUUGUGACUUUUAGCACAUGUCAAUUUUCUCCGGACUUCAAACUUUUUGGCUGAAAAGGAUUUAGAUUAAAAAUUCCAUAGUAAAUUCGAAAAUGGUUUGCCUCCCUGAAGAUGGCAUGGCGAUGCGGGUCACCGUACGUGAUACAAUUCUAUCGUCUGGAAAGAAACAGUUCAUAAUACAUCUAACGCCAUCAAAGACCAUAAGUAGCAUUUUUGAAGAGGUAUCAAAUGAAUUCCAUUAUACGAUCCAUGAAAUAGAACUCAUUCUUCAAAUUGGUAAAAAAGAAACACAUGUCCUUAACGAGAGCAAAAACAAGACUGUCCAGGAAGCAGGCAUCAAAUGGACACCCUUAGAUCGUUUAUCGAUUAUAAUUGGACAGAUCAAAGCCAAACCGAUGUCACUUUUCGUCCAAGAGAGUGAGGACGAUCUUCUCCUUGGCGCGUCUGCCAGUCCAACGGCGGCAGACGUGCCCAGUACCACCAGCUUGGCACCACCAGCAACACACCAAGACUUCAACAGAAGCUUCACCACAACUGAGGAAAGACGUUCGUAUUUGAAGCCAAUCAUAAUAGAGUCAACGAACUACGUGGGACUGGUGAACCAAGCUAUGACAUGCUACUUAAACAGCUUACUGCAAGCAUUAUACAUGACGCCCGAAUUUAGAAACGCCCUUUACAACUGGGAAUUCGACGGCAUCAACGAAUCCAGAUCCAUACCGUACCAAUUGCAGAAGUUGUUUUUGAACUUGCAGACCUCCUCCAAGUCGGCCGUAGAAACAACGGAUUUGACGUACAGCUUCGGAUGGCAGAACAGCGACGCUUGGCAUCAGCACGACAUCCAGGAAUUGUGCAGGGUGAUGUUCGACGCGCUCGAACAAAAAUUCAAGGACACAAAACAAGCGAAUCUGAUAAACGACUUGUAUGAGGGAAAAAUGUUGGAUUACGUUAAAUGUUUGGAAUGCGGGACGGAAAAGUCGCGAGAAGAUACUUUCUUGGACAUUCCAUUGCCUGUAAGGCCAUUCGGUAACGCCGUGGCGUAUAACAGCGUCGAAGAGGCUUUGAGGGCAUUUGUACAACCGGAAACUCUCGAUGGAAACAACCAGUAUCACUGCGAGAAGUGCAAUAAGAAAUGCGAUGCUCAUAAAGGAUUGAAGUUUACCAAAUUUCCGUAUUUGCUGACAUUGCAUUUAAAAAGGUUCGAUUUCGAUUAUAACACCAUGCACAGGAUCAAACUCAAUGAUAAGGUUGUGUUUUCAGAAAAAUUGAAUCUAAAUUCGUUCAUAACGGUACAUGGUUCAGAGAACAACGAAACUUUAGAAGAUAGAGAAACCGUGGUUAAGUGCGACGAUUGCAGUACAACGGAUUCUGGUUCAGCUGACGACGAAAGUUGCCAGGGCACCGACGUAUCUUCCACCGUAAACGGCCAAGAUGAUAAUUGCGCGGACAGCGAUGAAGGUAUCGAUGUUAGUUCAGGAAACAACCAUGACGACGAUGCCAAAGGUCCUUACGUUUACGAACUGUUCAGUAUUAUGAUACACUCGGGUAGCGCUUCCGGAGGGCAUUAUUACGCAUAUAUCAAAGACUUCGAUAAAAAUCUUUGGUUCUGUUUUAACGACCAAAGCGUUACGGGGAUUACUGAAGAUGAUAUAAGAAAAACGUACGGAGGAGGUCCUAGGCGAGGGUAUUAUUCAGGAGCGUAUUCGUCUAGUACGAAUGCUUACAUGCUUAUGUACAGACAAAUUGAUAAGGAAAGGAAUGCUGAAGCCAUUGGGUAUUCCGAUUUUCCACCGCACAUUAAGAAGUUGUUAACGGAUAUGAGGAAAAAAGAAGAGGAGGAUAGAAUCAACAGGGAGAAGGAGAACGAUAUGAUGAGGUUGACGGUUUACUGUCAACAUCCAACCACGAAGAUUCUAAACGAAACCAAGCUGCUCGUCUUCAAUGAUUCCACUCUGGGGGAGGCAGUCAGGGACGCUUAUCAGCGCUUCAAUCUCGAUACAGCGACGGUGGACUUGAAGGAUUGCCGGCUGGUGGUGUACAACAGGAAGCAGGAAUGCAUCGACAGUAGCUACGAAUCGGACGAAAUUAAAUUCUGUGAUAUUUUGAAUAUGAUGCAGAAACGAUCCAGCUAUUUCGCUGAAUGGAUGUUAGAAAUAAGAGAACCAGAAACCCCAUGGGAAACCUUCCAAGCUGAUGGCAUUAACAUGAAAGUGUACAACAUUAUCUUGGAAACCGAAGAAGUCAACGAACCUCGCCUAGUCCGCGUUGACGUCGACGAUACCGUACAAAUUCUGAAGGAGAAAAUUGGGAAGCUACUCAAUAUGGAUCCAGAAACAGUUAAGGUCGUUAUGGAGAUGUACAGCAAUGAACCAAAGUAUUUGGACAACGAUGAGGCCAUAGUGAAGUUCGACUCAAACUGCAGCAACUACAAGCUCUAUGUGUCGAAUGCCUUGGAUGAAGAUCCUGAGAAGACGUUUUUGUUUUCAAAAUUGAAGAGGUUGAUUCAGCAGUUUGGGUACAUUAUCAGUUUACAAGUUGUGUUACCAGACACUGAUGUUGCUACUUUAGAAGCUAUGUCCAUCCCGUCGUUGGACUUAAACCAAAAUUUAGACAAAUUAGAACUAGGUAGCGGGGAUAGGUGUACCAAUUCACCUAAUUUGAGGGUAUCCCCACAACCUGGCCAGACUGACGGUUUCGGAGACCAAAGUAAUAGUGAGGAUAGUAGUUUAAGUGACAGUGACCGUACAUUAGUAGGUGAAACCCCAGGUGAUUGUAUAGGCAUGCUUCCCAGUAGUCCGACGUCGCCCACCGAUCAUCACAUGGCGUCGCCGGGUGAUCCCCGAGAGGACAACUACAGUUACGACAUCAUGGGCAAUCCCGGCGAAGAAAUGAACUGGGACGACGUGGAAACGCAUUCGGAUGGUUGCUCUCCGAAUUACUAUUUCAAAAUUACCAGCGAGUCGCACAUUACCGAUCCUGCAAACUGGGAAAACACUCUUGUUAGAUGUUGUAAAAUAUUAGUAGAUAAGAGAAUGACAUUAGAAAGGUUUAAGAAAAAUCUAGAAGUAAUAUUAAGGGUGCCGUCUGAAUAUUUUAAAAUCUAUAAACACUACGCGAAUUCGGAAGAGGAGUGGAGCUGUCUGUCGGACACCUUAAGAUCGGCCAAAGAUGGAGAACGGUUAACCUUGAAAUUAGGGCGGGUAUUAAGAAAGGACGAGCUGAAAUGCAACGUGUACCACCUGAAGCUCGAUACGAUGGACGUUAACAACUUCUUAUUCGAACAUAUCAUAUCCAGAGGGCAGACGGUGGGAUCGGUGAAGAAGGAAAUCCUAUUCCAAGCGAAAAAACAGCACAUGCUUGACAUACCUUAUCAUAAAUGUCGGUUGAGGGAGAAAAGUUGGAAGAAACCGAAGCGUGUCUAUCUGGAUGAUCAGAAAUUUGAUAAGGAUAUUAUCGUUGUUUCGCCCAAUGUCGAUGUGUACCUACAAGAAUUGCCCGAUGCGGAGCCGGUGACGACGCGGGAGCAAUACAUUUUUUUCGUCAGGCAGUGGUGUCCGUCGACGUUAACCCUUAAGCCUUUCCAAGAGGUCGUAUUGGAAAACUUGACGUCGGAAGAACUCAAGAAAAAAUUAUCAGAGUUGUCCGAUAUACCGGUGGAACACAUGGCCGUAGCGAAUAUCAAACAACCUCUACCUUGUGAUAUACACGUACUGGAUAUGGACACGCACGUCGUGUGGCAUUCGGCGCAGGUAACGAAUUUGGAAGUGUGGCCUGUCAAUGCCGAAAACGGCACAGUUUUCUUCUUUAGUGAUACGCGAGAAGAAUUGAAAAAACUAACCAGCGAGGAGCGCAAAGAGUUGACCCAGAAGGAGAACACUCGCCUGCGCAGGCUGAACUUGUCGUCGUACUCUCCGGGAGGAGAGCGAGCCUUAAAGAUCUACCUGGACACGUCUCCGAGUAAAUCUGAAGAAACCAUAGACUGACAUGCCACCCAAAAUCGUUUUAUUAAUCCAUUGUUAUACUGCAACGUAACUUGAAGAAAAAACAAACCAUAUUAUUAAUAAUAAUUACAACAAACAGCAAAUCACAAUAUCAGACGGUGGUUGUACAUAAGCGCGUUUCAGAGUUGAUUUUUUUAUUAUUUAUUUUUUUUUGCAAUUAUUGCUAUACUGGAUGGACCGAUAGGAGCGAGACAUUUGUGUUGAUCUAGAAAUAGAUUUUUUUUUCAAAAAGGAAAAUUAAAUCGUUUUUUUUUAUAAAACAUAAGAUUUGAAAAACUGAUAAUUUGUUUAUAAUAUAAUAAUAAUAAUUAUUAUAAUCAAAAUUGCGAUUUGUUUGUUAUUUACGUUUUAUUAAUCAAGUGUCUGGAAAAAGCCUAGAUUAGGUCAUCAUCAGUGAUAGGGAUCAGCUAAAUUCUGGUAAGAAAUAAAAAAAAUUUGAUUUUUUAAUAACGUGAGGGGUUUCAAAAUUUAAUUUUUCAAUAAAAUUCAUUUACUCGAAAUUUGAAAAUAUUUUUAUUUCAAUAUGAAGUACGAAAACCUCUAAUCGCCUAAAGCACUCUACAUUGAAAUUAAUACACUUAAUCUAAUCUUUAUUCCACUGUUCGAAACAUUUUUUGUUCUCACCUCAUCAAAAUGCUUUCCUUUCAUGUCCGUUUUCAGAGUUGCAGGAGCCUAGUUCAGUUGAAUAGGGGAAGUGAGGUACAACGAUCAUACUUUUUUUGGUCAAACAACGCCGCACAGAGAGUGCUGUAUGAGCGGGAACGUUGUCAUGGUGGAAAAAUCAGUUUCUGACAGCCACAAAUCAGGAUUUUUCUGCCUUAAACCUUUGAGCAAUCUUUUUAAGUCUUCCAUGACGAUUUCGUGAAUUUUUGAAAUAUUAUCGUUAGUUUGGAUCAUUAAAAGACGUCCAGAGCGAGAUUGAUCAUCAGUUGACAUUUAUCCACUUUUAAAAUUGGAAAACUACUUAAACACUUCAAGUUUUCUCCGUUCUUGUAGAUUGUAGGCCGUUUUUAAAAUUGCUAACGGUUUUGUGCCAAUUUUUUUGAGCACGAACCAAAACUUCAGGGCCGCGUGCUGUGAACACACAAGCCGAAAUGACAAUUGACAUAAUGUCUGGUAAAAGGUCCUUAACUGUAAAACAUGCAAUUUGUCAACCAAAAAUUACACACACUGCAUAAAAAGUAUCGCAUAAGUGGAUUUUGACAAAAAGUUUUUAUUAUCUUGUAAAACUUUUUGAAAUUGGCAGGUAAUGAUACUUUAACAGUAAUUUCUUUGAUUUAAGUAUCAAUGUAUAACAGGCAAAAAUAAUAAAAAAAAUACGAAGUAAAAUAAAAAAUUCCAAGGAUAAUUUUAGUAUCUGGUAUUGGCAUCUCUUGCUCUAAUGACAUCUCUCAUUUUCCGUGCAAGAUUUCUGACGUACUUAUGUUCUCCAAAUCUAAUUUUUUCCCAUUCUUCUCUUCAAGCAUUUUCCA